AGGAGGCUCUGAGAGGGUUGGGCCUACCAGGGGCCCCCCGUUCCUAUUGAGAUCGUGAUGAUGUCAUCAAUGACGCCCGGUCGUACAUUUUGAAUGAUUAGACGUCGAACCGCGCGUGCUGACGAUGACAGCACCAAUAUCCAGCUUGUUUCGAAAGCUAUUGCGGCAUAUAAAGGAUGCAAGAAGGAACCUUACAAAACUGGAUUUUACUUAUCGUGUCUCGGUGGCCUUAUAUAUGCAUACCAGACGAAUCCUACGCAACAAUUUAUGCUUAACGAUUUGCGAGAAUGGCGGCAGAUCAUGAGUUUGGUACCACUCUCGAUACAUAACAACCAAGCAGACGAAGAGCUUGUUCGACGUUCUGUACUUUUAUGCCAAAAUCGUCUGCAUCACUAUAACCUCUGGUUUUUCUCCCUUCUUGUUCGAUCCACUUAUGAUGAUUCUAUCCGCACUUACGAGUCUCAGGAUCCCAACCUCAAAGAAUGGAUAUGGAAAGAGUUUUACAACAACAUCAUUGAUAUUGGAUUUUUUGGAAAGUGGUACAAGUUACACCAAAACUUGAAAGACUAUGACAUAAACAAAGACGAGAUAGCGGCUUUGCCAUCAUAA